UAUCAAUGGGAGAAGUUGUCCUGGAAACUGCUGUUUGGAGGGAGACUUAAGUCAGGGGAGGAACUGAAGAGUUUGCUUUUAAUACUCCCCCACUGUGAACUGCCACUGGCAAGCGCAUUUUAGACAUUUUGGAACGUUGGGGAGGGAUACAUGAUCGUCUGAUUUGAGACAGCAAACUUACCUAGCUGUAUGAAUUAUCGCACCUUAAGGACGUGACUGGGACGGUGUGCGCGGGCUUGAGCUUCAAAAUUAGCAUCAUGACCCAACAAGGAGCAGCGUUGCAAACCUACAACAACGAACUCGUAAAGUGCAUUGAGGAGCUGUCCUCGAAGCGGGACGAGUUGCAGCGGCAGAUCACGCAGGAGGAGGAGGAGAAGGCGCGGCUGCAGCACGACGUCCGCGUGCUCACGGAGAAGCUGAGCCGAGUCAACGAGAGCCUCGCCCGCCGACUGGCCGCGCGCGCCGACUUCGACCGCACCAUCGCAGAGACCGAGGCCGCAUACAUGAAGAUUCUAGAAAGUUCUCAGACGCUGCUGAGUGUCUUAAAGAAGGAGACAGGAAACCUGACCAAGGCGACCGAACCCAGAGGAGGCAAAGAUCACUGACUUGUAUUCACCCGCUUCUUUUUCUGUCUGUUGCCUGUCAUCUGUGCAAACACACAAGCAUUCAAACCCUAACAUCCUGUUUUACCUCGCACUUGUCUGUGUGUUUUUCUAUUUAUGUGUCUGUCAUUCAAAAUACGUCAGUUAUUAUCCCACGUAUUUCUUUUAUUUAUAUUGAACUUUUUUAAUAAAGAUUAUUUAGUGUGACCACUUGAGUUAUUGUGCCAAAAGUGUUUCAGUGCAAGGGAUCAAUCAUCCGAAUGGCAACAGAGUUUAAUUUGAAGAGUGCUGAACUGUCAGCACACACACACAUACACUUGCCCUCCCUCUCUUUAAACAAAGUCCUCCCCAAUUACCGAAGUGUUGUCAGAUGUGUGCCUCUCUGAAAUGGAAAUUCAGUGUAAAUAUAGUUUGGGAUGGUAACAAUAUUACUUAAAGGUUCUGACACUGGUUUAAAAAAAAUAAGGUAAAGGUACAGUCUGUGAUUCUAAUCCAGAAGACUUCUUGUCAGUUCAGUGAAUAGCUCCUCACAGUCCUCUAGCUGUCUGUUCUGUGUGUGCUAAAAUAAUACUGGUGUCCAUACACAGUCAAGGCUCUGUAACUGGGAAACAAAUGAAGGGGCUCAGUCUGAGCCUGUUGUAGCAAAUAUAGUUGCUUCAGGAGCAUAGAUCAGAUUGAGCUCAAACAUCAACAACCUUUUGCCAUAAUUGCAUACUGUACCUUUAAAGACCAGGCUCCCUGCUUUGCACAGGCACUUGUCCUCCCCACACAGACAGAAAUAAUAGGACACCAUUUUUUCAUUUGUUCUUUUGUUUAUUUACCUUUUUCUGACAGUUUUUUUUUUUCUGCUGAAAUCCUUGAUGAAUACAAAUUGCACAGUUGAAUCUUAUCGGCAGCUGGAGUGACAUAUACAUAAAUUCAAA